GGUGGCGUCGGUGGCGGAGGCGACGGCUUCGGCGACAUGGACGGCGGGGCCUACGGGGCGGCCCGGGCCGGCGGCUCCUUCGAGCUGCGGCGCUUCGUGGCGCAGCCGCAGGUGGUGGCGCGCGGCGUGUGCCUGCUCUUCGCCCUGAUCGAGUUCUCCUGCAUAUUCGGGGAGGGCUACACCAACACCCACGAUGAAAAAUUGGGCCAGCAGCACUGCGUGUUCAACCGCAACGAAGACGCGUGUCGCUACGGCAGCGCCAUCGGCGUGCUGGCCUUCCUGGCCUGCGCCUUCUUCCUGGUGGUCGAUGGCUACUUCCCCCAGCUCAGCAACGCCACCGACCGCAAGUACCUGGUCAUCGGCGACCUGCUCUUCUCAGGUGUCUGGACCUUCCUGUGGUUCGUGGGGUUUUGCUUCCUCACCAACCAGUGGGCGGCCACCAACCCCAAAGAUGUGCUGAUGGGCGCUGACUCUGCCCGAGCUGCCAUCACCUUCAGCUUCUUCUCUAUCUUCUCUUGGGGGGUGCUGGCCUCCCUGGCCUACCAGCGCUACAAGGUGGGCGUGGACGACUUCCUCCAGAACUACGCGGACCCCACGCCAGACCCCAGCUCGGCCUACGCCUCCUACCCGGGCGCCUCCGUGGACAACUACCAGCAGCCGCCCUUCACCCAGACGGCCGAGCCCACCGAAGGCUACCAGCCACCCCCCGUGUACUGAGCAUGGGGAGCGGCCCUCCCUGCCAGGGCACCCUCAGAAAAGGGUUUUUAGCCACUAGUGCUGGGGGUCACUGCUUCCCAGCCCCCCGACCCCCAUUACCAUGCCAAGUGCCUUAGCUGCUGCCGCCCAGCCCGAGGAGGCCAGCCCAGCCUGCGGGCACUCACCGCUGGCCCUCAGGGUGCUCUGCCAAAGACGGCUGGACCCUCCCGGCUGGACCCUCCCCACUCCGCUGCUGGUGCUGGCCUGGGGCCCUGUCCUCCUCACUCAGGGUCACUCCCACUCCUGAGCCCCAGCCCUGCCCGUAUGCUUAGGGAUGCGGCCAUCCCAGCCUGUUGUCUCUGGACUGCUUUGCCCAGUGGCUGGAGCCUACGCUUGCCUGCAGGCCGAGGUGGUGGUGCCCAGCAGGGCCCAGCUUCACCAUGGACACUUUGCAGGGGGGGCAUUGGCAAGUGUAGCCCCCCAGGCUGCUGAGUGUCUACAAAGUCUUGGGGGGAUGAUGGCGGGCACCUCGCUUCUGCCCGGGAAAUGGAAUAAAUUUUUUUUC